UUCGUCUGCACCGAAAUUUCUAUGUGCAGUUGUCAACCCCUGUUUCACGUGAGAAUUUCGUCCAUAAAAUUGUCUGUGAAUUAAAUGCAAGAAUGACUGCUCGUGUUUUGCUAAUGCGAUCUUUAGGAAUUCCGUUCACUGGAUCAUCCACCGUCAUUCGAAACAGAACCUUAGUAACUCUAAAUAAAACUUCAGAUGUUAUGCAGGGAGUGAAACCGCUGGAUUCAUUGCGUCAUACUUCUAGAAGUUACAUAAAUCGGAAAGGAUAUCUUUCAUUACUGAACUACAAUUCCAACAUUAUUCCUCUCCAUCAACUACCAAGAUAUCCUUCUCCUGUUGUAACUGUACAAAAUCGCUAUUUCUCAUCUCAGAGUAAUGAUGGUUCAGAUGAUGGUAACAAUAACGAGCCAGCUUCUGGAAAUAUUUCCAAUUUGGGAGGUGCAGGAGACCAAGGUAGUGGGCCAGUUAUUCAUUCAUUACCUGCAACCAUGACAGUUCCAGAAACUUGGCCAAAUGUGCCUGUUAUAGCAAUAAACAGAAAUCCUGUCUUUCCACGUUUCAUAAAAAUUAUUGAGGUCACUGACAAGACCCUUGCUGAUCUUAUAAGGCGUAAGGUUAGAUUAAAUCAACCUUAUGCAGGGGUUUUUAUGAAAUGCAAUGAUAGUGAGGAAUCUGAUGUUGUCAAGAACUUGAGUGAUAUAUACCCAGUGGGAACAUUUGUUCAAAUUCACGAGCUUCAAGAUCUUGGUGACAAAUUACGCAUGAUUGUCAUGGCGCACAGACGAAUCAGAAUCACUGGGCAAAUUAUGGAGGACCUCAAUGAAGAAGCUCAAGUGACAUCUAUUCAUUUUCCUGCAUUUAAUGCAUCAAUUCAAACCUUGACAGAGGACAAGGCGACCAAAAGGAAGAUGAAAAGGGCCAACGUACGCAAGCGUAAAGAAGAAAAACCAGAUAAUGAAGAUAUCAGUUUAGUUGCCGCUGUCGAGAAUCCGCUACCUAAUCCUGUUGAACAGCCUCCUCCGCAACAGCUUCCUCAACCUAUUUUAAUGGUGGAAGUGGAAAACGUCAUUCACGACAAGUUCACCAUAAAUGAAGAAACCAAGGCGUUAACUCAGGAGAUUAUCAAAACUAUCCGGGAUAUUAUUGCUCUCAAUCCCCUGUAUCGAGAGUCCAUACAACAGAUGCUUCACCAGGGACAAAGAGUAGUAGACAAUCCUGUGUACUUAGCAGAUUUGGGUGCGGCGCUAACAGCCGCAGAGCCUGCAGAUCUCCAACAAGUCAUCGAAGAAACUAGCAUACCGAAGCGUUUAGUUUUGUCUCUUUCUUUGCUUAAGAAAGAACUUGAAUUGAGCCGACUUCAGCAAAAGAUUGGACGGGAAGUUGAGGAGAAAGUCAAAGCUCAGCAUCGCAAGUACAUGUUACAAGAGCAGCUAAAAGUUAUCAAGAAAGAAUUGGGACUCGAGAAAGAAGACAAAGAUGCAAUUGAUGAAAAGUUCCGCGCAAGACUGAAAGACAAAACGGUACCCACUGCCAUUAUGGAAGUCAUCGAAGAAGAACUAAACAAAAUGGGCUUCCUCGACAACCACUCGUCCGAGUUUAACGUAACUCGCAAUUAUCUCGACUGGUUGACUACACUUCCAUGGGGAGUAACUAGCAAAGAAAAUCUUGACUUAAAAAGAGCCGCUGUAGUUCUCGACGAAGAUCAUUAUGGAAUGGAAGACGUGAAAAAACGCAUUUUAGAAUUUAUUGCCGUUAGUGAACUGAAGAAAAGCACACAAGGGAAAAUCUUGUGCUUUUAUGGACCGCCGGGAGUAGGAAAAACUUCAAUCGCUCGCUCUAUCGCCAAAGCAUUAAACCGUGAAUACUUUAGAUUUUCCGUUGGUGGAAUGACAGAUGUGGCUGAGAUUAAAGGACAUCGACGUACCUACGUUGGUGCUAUGCCGGGAAAAAUGAUCCAAUGUUUGAAAAAGACGAAAACGGAAAAUCCUUUGGUGUUAAUCGACGAAGUGGAUAAGAUCGGAAAAGGUUAUCAGGGCGAUCCGGCCUCUGCGCUGCUUGAGUUGCUGGAUCCGGAACAGAAUAAAAAUUUCCUUGACCAUUACCUAGAUGUCCCCAUAGAUUUAUCAAAAGUUCUCUUUAUUUGCACGGCAAAUGUGCUAGACACUAUUCCGGAACCUCUUCGAGAUCGAAUGGAGAUGAUCGAUGUGUCAGGUUACGUUGCUGAAGAGAAAAUGAACAUCGCCGAGAAAUACCUGAUUCCACAGGCAAGGCGAGACACAGGUGUCGCCGAUACUCAAGUUACAAUUGAAUCGGACGCACUGCAGACACUCAUCAAGUCCUAUUGUCGUGAAAGUGGCGUUCGAAAUCUGCAGAAGCAAGUGGAAAAAAUCUUUCGUAAAGCCGCCUUCAAGCUAGUCCAGGGAGAUGUUGAAAGUAUCACCGUCGGGCGACAAAAUCUCCAAGAAUUUGUUGGAAAACCCGUUUUUACGCACGAUCGUCUCUAUGAAAUUACACCACCCGGCGUUGUAAUGGGCUUGGCCUGGACAGCCAUGGGAGGCUCUACCCUCUACAUUGAAACAUCACUGAGGAAACCGUUAAGGACUAAAUCUUCAAAAAGAUUGGAAGACAAGGAAGGAAAAGAGGACGGUCAAGGAUCGAUGGAGCUUACCGGCAAUUUGGGUGAUGUAAUGAAAGAAUCUGUCCGCAUCGCCUACACGGUCGCUAAAAUGUUCUCGGCAAAGAUCCGACCAGAUGACAGCUUCUUCUCAGAAGCGCACAUUCACGUCCAUGUUCCUGAGGGCGCAACUCCAAAAGACGGGCCUAGUGCGGGCUGUACUAUCGUGACAGCGCUUCUUUCUUUGGCCAUGAACGAACCCGUUCGCCAGAAUAUCGCCAUGACCGGUGAAGUGUCUUUAACGGGAAAAGUUCUGCCCGUCGGUGGCAUCAAGGAGAAAGUCAUCGCUGCUAAACGAGUUGGAGUUGACUGCAUUUUAUUGCCAGCCGAGAACCGAAAAGAUUAUGACGAUUUGGCCAGUUUCAUCACCCAAGGAUUAGAGGUUCACUUUGUUGAUCACUAUCGAGAUAUUUUCCCAAUUGUUUUUCCUCAUCUGGCCGACCAUGAUCAGAUUCAGUCAAUUCACUCUAGUUGAGUGACUCUUUUCAUUUGUUUACCUGUAGUACCACCAUAUUUGGAUUUUCAUGUUGAAAAUACUAAUUUCAUUUAACAAAAAUGUAGCUGAUACCACCAAAUGUUUAUUAUUCACAUCUUUGUAAAGGUCAUCAUACAAAGAGCUAUCCUUCAA